AUGUUCACUCUUUCCUGUAUCUGCAGGGCUGUCUUGGCCCAGCGACUUAGCAGCAAGGUGUUCUUAGUCAAGUUGGCUUCUUGGCCACAAUUUCCCUCUCUGUUUGCUUUUUCAGACACAUUCACAGAGAAUCUAGUGUCUGGCUCCAUCUUCUCCCUUCAUCAUCACCCACUUCCAGCAGUAAGAGACAUGUCCGUUUCCAGACCUGAGUUUGCACCAAGCUCCGCCUCAUGCUGUGAGCUCCUCUCCUGCUCGGUGCCCUGGACACGGGGUCAGGUGGCCUCUGUACAGACGUUCCAAGUCCUGCAGGAAACCAGGGUCCGGCCCCGCACCUUCAAGACCCUCAGCCUCUCUCCCCUCCAGUGCGAUUCAUAA